AUGUCCCGCGAGCUGUUGCUCAUGGCUGGUCUGUGGUCAUGGGUUAACCAUCACAUCAGCCUACCUGGAGCUUCAGGAGAAUAUGCCAGCGGACUAGGAAGCUCCAUCGUGGCCUUUAGUGAACAAGCAUACUCUGCUUCCGAAGCCACCAGCGGAGAUGCAGCGACCGAGAAGAUUCGUCUUGAGGCCACCCGACCUCAUUCUCGCGACUCUAAGCCCCACUCGGACUUUCAUUCACCUAGCGAUGGACCACUCUCUGCAGUCAUUACGCAUGCUCACUCGCUGCCCACGCGACAACAGCUUAGUAGCUGUCGAGCAAAGGGUAAUAUAGCGUCACGAUACAACUCUGCUUGUAUCUACUCUGCGUAA